CCCAAGGGGACUAUCUCCCAGCGGCAGGCCUUCGAUAAAAUCAGGAACUUGCGCUGGCCCUGCAAUGUCAAGGGAGGGGGCUCACCCAGGGCUCCUGUAGCUCAAGGGGCAGGCCUGUGCCCUGCGCCCGCCCCAAGUCCGUCCAGCCCCUGACGGGGCGCCCCAUCCCGAGGGGCUCCGCACUGGCUCCCACCGAGGCAGGGGACCCGAUCAGCUCGGAGCUCGGCUGGAUGUUACAGGCGUGCAAAAUGGAAGGGUUUCCCCUCGUCCCCCCUCCAUCGGAAGACCUGGUUCCCUAUGACACGGAUCUGUACCAACGCCAAACGCACGAAUAUUACCCCUAUCUCAGCAGUGAUGGAGAAAGCCACAGCGACCAUUACUGGGACUUCCACCCGCACCACGUGCACAGUGAGUUUGAGAGCUUCGCCGAGAACCACUUCACGGAGCUGCAGAGCGUCCAGCCCCCCCAGCUGCAGCAGCUGUACCGCCACAUGGAGCUGGAGCAGAUGCACGUGCUCGACACCCCCAUGGCGCCCACCCACGCCAGCCUCGGCCACCAGGUCUCCUACCUACCCCGGAUGUGCCUCCCGUACCCCUCCCUGUCCCCGGCCCAGCCCAGCUCAGAUGAGGAGGAGGGUGAGCGGCAGAGCCCCCCACUGGAGGUGUCUGACGGGGAGGCUGACGGCCUGGAGCCAGGGCCUGGCCUCCUGCAUGGGGAGCCAGGCAGCAAGAAGAAGAUCCGCCUGUACCAGUUCCUGCUGGACCUGCUGCGCAGCGGCGACAUGAAGGACAGCAUCUGGUGGGUGGACAAGGACAAGGGCACCUUCCAGUUCUCGUCCAAGCACAAGGAGGCGCUGGCGCACCGCUGGGGCAUCCAGAAGGGCAACCGCAAGAAGAUGACCUACCAGAAGAUGGCGCGCGCGCUGCGCAACUACGGCAAGACGGGCGAGGUCAAGAAGGUCAAGAAGAAGCUCACCUACCAGUUCAGCGGGGAGGUGCUGGGCCGCGGGAGCCUGGCCGAGCGGCGCCACCCGCCCCACUGAGCCCAGGCCCGAGCCCGCCGGGCCCGCCAGGCCUCCCCGCUGGCCAUAGCAUUAACCCCUCGCCUGGCCCGGACACAGCGGGGGCAGCUCCCAGGGGCCAGGGGCAGGACUGUGGCGGGCCAGGCCUUGCCUCCCCGCCCACCCCCUUCUCCAAGCCCCCUGCCCACACCCUGCUUCGCCUCCCACCAGGACUCCAGCCCUGGCUCCAGGCCUCCUGGGCGUCUGGCCCCAGCAAAGGGUCAGCGGGCUUAGUACAACCAGGGGUACUUCCUUGGGAGUUCGAAGUCAUCAAAUCUGUGUAAAUUGAACCCUCCUCUUUGGCAUCUCUCCCAUCCCUACACCUCGCCCCCCUCUGCUUCCUAAAGAAACUAUUAUUAAAGUUAUUUUCAGUGAGUCAUCUUGCAGCACAGUCUCUUUUAAAUGUGUUGUGCACCUUGUCUGCCCACCCCCCGACCCACCCACCCCCACCCGCUCUCUGUUUUUCUCAUUUGUCUAUCGGAAGUUUCUCAUUUACUGAGGAUCCAACCCAAUGCUGGACGCUGGGGACAUAAGGACAGAUGACACACAGUGCCUGACCAGGAGUCAGAGCCAGCAGAAAGAACCAGUCCUCAGUUGUUCUUAGAGAAAUAAAUCUUUCAAAAGACCUCUGCACCUGAUAAAUGUUGUUUUUAAUUGCCUCAGUGAGGGUUAAACUCAUACCUUUAGGUCAUGGCCCCAGGGAUGAUGAUGGCAGUAAUAAUGGCAACAGCACUGGAUUAUAUGGCCAUUUAUUACAUGUCAGCCUUAAGAAGUGCAUCUAACUCUCAGCAAAAAAAAAAGGUGACAGUAAA